AUGGCGGGAUCGAGAGGGGUGGCCUUCACCCAGAUUAAUCUACAUCACAGCAAAGGGGCCUUGGCUGUUUUGGCCAGGCAACAAGCUGGGAGACAAACAUGCAUAUCACUGAUGCAAGAACCCUGGGUAAUCCGAGGUUGCAUCAGGGGUUUGGCGACCUGCGGUAGGCUCUUUAGGGCCCCAUCAAUGGACCGGCCCAGGGCCUGCGUGGCCGUCAAGGGUAUGGAAGCCCAGCUGAUACCUCACCUGUGUUCCAGGGACGUUGCGGCUGUAGAAGUGAAUUUUACUGAUGACUCCGGUGACAGGAAAAAAAUGGUUAUUUGCUCGGCCUACUUCUCUCAUGACGAGGGGGAGGCGGUGCCGCCUGCACCGGUGAUAAAACUGGCAGAAUACUGCCAGAAGAAACGGCUUCCCCUGAUCAUGGGAUGUGACGCUAACGCGCAUCACACCGUGCAGUUGAUACAGGAGGUGGAGUGGAGGGUCUCGACGGAGCCCUCGCUCUCUGACCAUAGGCAGAUCACCUUCAGGAUAGCUAAGGCUAGGGGGAAGGAGGUCAAAUUUAGGAAUCCGAGGAAAAUCAAGUGGGACUCCUAUAGGAAAGACCUGGCCAACAGUCUUAAAGGCUUCCCUAAGAGGCACGGGACAGAGGACGAACUGGAGACCUGUGUGGACUACUUGCAGAGGUCUCUGGUAAACUGCUACGAAAGUAACUGCCCCGAAAGGGCGGUUACAAAUAGUAGAGCAACUUCCUGGUGGACCCCUGGACUGCAGGGUCUCAGAGUGGCGGCUCACAGGGCCUGGAAUAGAGCUAGGAACACGGGCCGCCAAUCCGACUGGGAGCUCUCUAGGAGGGCACAGAAGGAGUAUAGAGACUUUGUGGUUAGGGCGAAACAGGAAAGCUGGAGGAAGUUUUGCGAGGAAGUGGAGGGAAUGCCCGAAACGGCAAGAAUCUGCAGGAUCCUCGCUAGGAACCCGGAUGUGACCCUGGAAGCCAUCGCACUCUCUGAUGGGACGGUGGUGACUGGAGAGCAAUGUCUGGAGCAUCUACUGGAA